GUUGUCUUGACAGGAACAAGCAGUGGCACGUUCACCUCGCCCAUUCCCCACAAUCUCCUCGACGGGGACGGCCGUUGUGGUGCCAUGAGCUCGUCGUACACCCUGCCCCCGCUGCACAUGUUGUCAUCGGCGGUGUCGUCAGUUGCAGCCCCCACACUCUCGUCAACCCUUCCAAUGCGACGACGACUUCCGCUUCCCUUUGCAGGCCACGCCCUCCAGCCUCGUCGUCUGGCCAGUGAAGACCGAUCGAGGCCCGCGUCUCCACUAUCUCCCGCCCAUCACAAUAAGGUGAUUGUGGUGGGGCUCAGAAAAAGCCUCGAUGAUGCGGGGCUGAGGAACAUGUUUAGCCAGUACGGCACGGUGAUCGAUGCCAAGGUCGCCGUGGACGACAAGAAGGGCGUUUCCUCUGGGUAUGGGUUCGUUACGUUCACCGAUGCCGCGGCCAAGUAUGAAGCGAUCAAGUGCAUGCACCAGAGCAGUGUCAACGGAGUUGUCUUGACAGUGCGAGAUGUGUCAUCCAAGAAGCACCGACUUCUCGACGCUGGCGUCAAUAAUCCGUCCAAGGCGAAUGGCAAGAAGCUCAAAGUCGAGGGCGGUAGCACAGCUCAUAGACGCAGGUACGACAACCAAGACACAGAGUCGGACGAAGGAGACCCUAUCAAGAGCGAGAACUGUUCGGCCAACACACACGUGGGCAAGUCAGAGGACGAUGGCGACGACAAUCGCAACCAUCGUUGCCGCAGCAACAGGGAUAACACGGGAGCCAAAGGCUUCACACUGGAAGACGACGAACGAGCCACACGAUUGAAAAAAGAUCGCAUGCGAAAAACCAAGUAUCGCAAGCAAAAGUUGGCCCAAGUCGACUCGCUCAAGAAUGAAGCACACUUCCUGGAACUGCAACUGGAACAGCUCAAGGCCAACAUGACCGACCUGCACAAGUCGCAGCACGCGCAUAUAGCCCAUGGACACGGCGCAGUAUGGCAAAACAUCUGCACUGCGGAGGCUGCCAAGAAGCGUGCCAGUCUCGAGGAGCAGGAGUGUCUCUACCAGUCGCUAGUGGAGCACCUUCACAUUGCCGUGUCGCUCAAGCGAAGGAUGAUGGGCAAUGGCCCUCGUCAUGACGUCCCGCUGUGCUUCGACCCGCGCGGACAACCUGCGGACCCGUAUUGCGCCAAGCACACUCUGUCCAAGCAUCCCGUCAUGCGCAUCCAAACCGUGCGUGCAAUGCUCGACGACCAACUUCACCAACUUGCCGACACAUUUAUCGCCAAGCUGCCGACGGCCGACCACGACGGGCCGUUUGGGCUCGUCCUCCAACAUGACGACAUUUCGUUCGUAGAAAUAAACAAAUUUGGUGUCGUGUACGGAGGUGUCGUCGACGUUGGUGACGUCCUGUGGCGCGUCCAGCUGUCGUCGCACGGAGCCAGCACCAAGGUACGUCGCCUUGUCGAUGCCAGUGGUUGAGAUGUUGGACCAAGGUCGAUCUGCUGGACGACCACACUUGUUUUCUCCAAACGUUCAAGAACGAUGGCCUGACCAUGGAUGGCCCGACGCCCCACCACUACAUUGCAAAACGGUUCAUCGAACGAGGGCGACAGGUGCUGUUGCUCCGCAGCGUUCUCCACGAUGAGCUAUCGCCUCACCAGAACCCAGCCAAGGACCACGUCGUGUCGUGGGUGGUCGUGGAAGACAUCUCGCAUCCCCACGACAACUACCCCACCACAUGCAUCCGAGGGUACACCCAAAUGUGUCUGCGCACGGUAGAACCGACGGGCGCGUCGGUGCAAGAGUACAGCGUAUACAUGAAUGACGCAACCAAAUGCAACGACUUGCUCAACCACGAACUGCAUCGGCACUUUCGGUGUUUGAUAUUGAAUUAACGAUCUCGAUCGAAUCCAUGCCACCGUCAUGAUCUCUUUC